GCCAGGGCCGGACUUCAGUACUACCUCACUAAGCAACGACUGAUAGAGCAACGACUGAAGUGCCUGGAACCAUCAGUACUUAACGUCUUGACUUGGAGACGUCAUUACAGUUGGACCUGGCCCCCGCGGCGUUCAGGCCGACGCCCCCUGCCGUGAUCGAGAUAUGCAGCACAUUGGUUUAUCCGUUGUUGAAAUCCCUGACGAUCGCCCUGCGCUCAUGCGUGUGGGUGUUCCCGUCGAUGCGAGGGUAAGGCAUACCUUCUCGGCCGAUCACAUGCUGGAUGUGGUCCAGUGUGGCGAUGGAGUAGAAAAGUCUUCCCGAUCCAUGGACCGCAAAUACCAUCAAAAUUCCAUCGCAACAUUACUCUCUUGUUGUCGAAGCAUGUCCUCGAUCGAUAGUAACGCUGAGAAGUCCAUCUCGAAGGCAGGAGCGGGCACAUCUAGGAGUCAAUGCGACGGGUUUGCUAGCAAAACCUUUGGAGGGCUGAUAAUCCCAUUCCGCUUCAAGGCUUGCACAGUUACACCGUGGCGGCAGUGAAUGAUACUGCCUGCAGCGUGCCUUCUGGAGGGUCUUCCGCGAGCUGGUUGGAGAGGUGCCCCAAUCUGAGAUGGAGCUCAUUUAGCUUUCAAAACUAGCUAGAUUGCUCUUCCGUUACGGUAUCCCGUAUAGGCCUAGAUGCAAGGGG